AUGGAAUCAUCAGUCCCUGUAAUCGAACUCGAUAAUGAUGAAGGAAUAGAAAAACAGAUUAUUACUCUUGAUGCAUUGGAAGAUGACUUUAAUUCUGAUAAAGUGCCUGUGGUCACUUUAGAAGAUGAUGUCGCGAUUGAACCUGUGGUCAUUUCUCUUGAUGAUGACAAAGCUCAAAAUGAUUCGGACAUCGUAGUUGACUAUCGAAAUACCGAAGACUCAGCAGAAAGCGCUGACAUUAUUUGCGACGGUGCGUUAAAACGUCCGAUCAUUUCUGACGACGAUGUCACGAUCUCGGAGAACGUCAUAACGUUAGACGAUUCUGAUCAUCUUGUACCAUCAGAAUAUUAUCAAGGAAAGGUAAAACAGUUUUAUAAAAAUACAGAAAAAACAAUUCCAUCCACUAGUAGAAAUGAAGACAUUGAAAUGGAUGUAAUUUUGUCCCCUGAUCCUUUAAAAGUGAAUUCAAACAUAACACUUCUCAAAAGCAUAAAGAAAGAAAAAAUAAUACCAUCAACAAGUGACAAUGAAGACAUAGAAAUAGAUGUAAUUUUGUCACCUGAUCAUUUAAAGUCGUUAUCAAAUUCUAACAAAAAACUUCAAGAGUGUAAAAAAUGUCACAAAAUGUUUCUAACACUUCAGAAAUUAAACAACCAUUCAUGUACAACCACAAGUAAAAAAAGAUUUCUUUGUGAAACCUGCAAUGAAACGUUUUCUGAUAAAAUUACAUUGAGUAAACAUAUGAAAACUCAUAAUGGGGGCAAACCCUAUAUUUGUGAUAUCUGUUUUAAAGAAUUUAGUGAAAAAAAUAUAUUACGCAUGCAUUAUAACACACAUACUGGUGAAAAACCAUUUGCAUGUACAAUUUGUGACAAAGUCUUUCCUAAUACUUUAACUCUAAAAAAUCAUUAUGAGAUGCAUACUGGAGAAAAACCAUAUGUGUGUGAUGUAUGCUUAGCAAGUUUUGACCUCAAAUCCAGUUUGUGUAACCAUAAAUUAGAAGAACAUAAAUUCUUAACUGUAAUUUAA